AUGGACCGGGGCCCCAGUGGACCGAGGGACAGGGAUCAGGGCCCGGCCCAGGACCUCCAGAUGGUGAACAUCUCUCUGCGUGUCCUGUCGCGGCCGCUGGCCUCCAACCUGCCGAUCCUCUACCAGCAGCUGGGACAGGACUACGACGAGCGCGUCCUGCCCUCCAUCGUCAACGAGGUGCUGAAGAGCGUCGUGGCCAAGUUCAACGCCUCGCAGCUCAUCACCCAGAGAGCACAGGUUUCGCUGCUGAUCCGCAGAGAGCUGUUUGAGCGAGCGAAGGACUUCAACAUCAUCCUGGAUGACGUGGCCAUCACCGAGCUCAGCUUCAGCCGCGAGUACACCGCCGCCGUCGAGGCAAAGCAAGUCGCCCAGCAGGAGGCUCAGCGAGCUUUCUUCUACGUUGAAAAAGCCAAACAGGACCAGAGACACAAAAUCAUCCAGGCUGAAGGAGAAGCCACGGCCGCCAAGAUGCUGGGCGAGGCAGUGACGAAGAACCCAGGCUACCUGAAGCUGAGGAAGAUCCGAGCGGCCCAGACCAUCGCCAAGACGGUAAGAAUUUGUUUUUGUUUUUAUUUCUUUAUUUAAAAGGGACCGUGCACG